CACUGGCGCAAAUUCAGUAUGGGUGCCCCUCCCUCCCUAGCUGUAUGAUGGAGUGUGUGUGGGGGGAACCCGGUGAUUUCCUCUACCAGUUGAGUCCAUCAACUCUAGCACACACAGACGCGCAACGAUGUGCGCCGAGCGGUUGGAGCCAGUCUCUCUGCAUUGCCAAUUUCAUUGAACCGAGGACUGCAUUGUUACCAUUUUUGAAGACCCAAGUUAACCUUUUAUUCUCAACAUUUCUUCCUUUUCGUCCUUGUCUUGUCUUUUCAAUAUGUGCUGAUAUUGAAGGGGAGAGGGGAAGGUAGAAUGGGCGAAACCCUCUGGUUCCCUGUGUAACUCUGGAAAUGGAUCCGACGUUCUCGCAGGGAGACAAAGACAAUGAGGUCUGUCUGGAGGGGAUGAGGGAUGGGGCUGACUUCAUGAGGAUGCCAGAGCACCCCCUGUGGGAGCCCCAUAGCCUAGCCGCACAGCACCUCUCCUCCUGGAUGACGGAGGGUGAGCCCUUCACCUCUCCUCUCUCCCUGCUGCACUCUGCCGGAGGACUGCGCCUCUCCUCGUCCUCUUCCUCAUCAGUGGCCGCUACUGCUCUUGUCGCCGCCAUGACCCUGGAGCAGAAGACCACCUUCGCCCUGGUCCUCUUCCUCUUCGGUGUCCUCCUCAUCCUAAUCGUGCGGUGCUUUCGCAUCCUGCUGGACCCCUACCGCAGCAUGCCCACCUCCACCUGGGCAGACGGCCUAGAUGGGCUGGAGAAGGGCCAGUUCGACUAUACACUGGCAUAGGGGGUUGGGCGUCCAUGUCAUGUAUACUGUACACACACACGCACGGACGCACGCACGCACGCACGCACGCACGCACGCACGCACACACACACACACACACACACACACACACACACACACACACACACACACACACAGACACACACACACACACACAUGAAUAUGCAGAAUGGCUGCAUCCACCUUGGCUGACGGUCUGGAUGGGCUAGAGAGAAUGGUCAGUUUGAUCACACGCUGUGGUGUAAGGAUACAGACCUACAUGCAUUGUAUGUCAUGAAAUACACACACACAAUACACACACAUGUGGUUGCAGACUCCUAGAUUCACGGUAUGCAUGGGCAAGAGACGAGCCUGUUUAACAACACACAUACACACACACAUACACAUACACACACACACUGCAGUGUGGUUGCAUCCUUCUGGGUUCACUUUCUCCCACUUGUUGACACCGUAGACAGCUACUGUCACUCACACAAGAGGCCACCUGGGGCUCCUUCAGUGCCUCACUCCUACAGGGUAGUUCUCAUCCUCCUCCUCGUCCUCAUCAGCGUUCAAGUUGACAACAAUGUCAACACUAUUUCAACCCUCCUCCUCGUAAUACCUCACCAUCCGAGUCAAGAACUAAACUAUUUCAACCCUCCUCCUCAUAAUACCUCACCAUCCGAGUCAAGAACUAAACUAUUUCAACCCUCCUCCUCGUAAUACCUCACCAUCCGAGUCAAGAACUAAACUAUUUCAACCCUCCUCCUCGUAAUACCUCACCAUCCGAGUCAAGAACUAAACUAUUUCAACCGUCCUCCUCAUAAUACCUCACCAUCCGAGUCAAGAACUAAACUAUUUCAACCAUCCUCCUCAUAAUACCUCACCAUCCAAGUCAAGAACUAUGCCAACGCUAUGUCAACCUGUGCUGUCGUAGGCUGCUAAGUUAUUCAACCUUGUACUAAAGGAACAUUUGAAAUCUUCUACUGUCCUGGAGGAGUGCUGUUGUUGACAUAUGUAUGUCCCAAAAAUGUGUGUUCAGAAUGCUGAAUGCUGACCUAACAUAUUAUUAUGAUGAUCGUUUUGUCAUUUUACAAUCAUUGCUCAUAAUUGAAUUAUGUUAAUGUAAUAUAGAGGACGUAUUUACACAAUCAGGGAAUUCGAUUUAGGAUGAGAUUAUUUUCAAUGGCCAAAAACAAGCAUUCCUCAUCUUGUUUUUAUAGCUCAAUAAUUUCAUAUUGUUGGUAUUGAUUAAGAUAAUAGCUGAUAUCAUUUGACCCAGUCAGCAGAUGGCUAGAAGGGAGACAUACAUGUACAUAUUAUAUCUAUCUAUCUAUCUAUCUAUCUAUCUAUCUGUCUAUCUAAAUAUAUAUAUCUAUCUAAGCACUUCAAGUCAACGCAAUAAUAUAUUAAAACCACAGUUUUAUUCACCAAAUUUAUUUUGUCAUUUUUACACAGCCGUUUAAAGCCUGAUAAUUUGAUUUUGCCUUGCAUAAGCCAUAGCCCACUGCACAUGUCUUUAAUUCAAGAGACAAAAUUAUAUAAUCUUCAGCUAUUUCAUAAUAGAGAGUCAUGUUAACUGUUUUUGCUUGUACAAAACACCUUUAAAAUGGCUUUUAUGUUACAUCUAAGACAAUUAUUUUCCUAUCUCAAGGUUUUACAUACUCCUGUUCAGCCAAUAAUUAUAACAUUGCACUAUUCAAUUCCCUCGUCCCAAGAGGGAAUUGCCUCUUGACCGAAUAGAUAAGAUGUGGAAAUGGGAAACCUGGGUUCAGAUCCCACCUGUGACACAAGUUUGUUCCUAUCAAUCAGAUACCUGUUCCUAAAGAUUAGCUGCUGUCGCCACCGCAGAUCCCCAUAAAGCUCCUCUUCUUUGUUUUCAGACCUCAAAAGUAGUCUAAUAUCAAGAUGUGUGCAUGUUCUAUACCAUUGGUUGUGUAAAUAGGUUUUUCCUCAAAUAUCUGACUAACUUAGAUUUUUGAGUGGACUAACACUAUAUAAAAUGUGGGGAUUAUGUGUAAAAUGUAAUGAAAUACUGUAGGUGGCAACAACAGGGUGUUUGGAAAGGGCUCUACAGUUGAAGCUGUCACUUUCAUUUAUAAUCAACUGCAUGCAACUUAGUUGCUGAAAGUAUUUUUAGUAAAUGUAGUUGUUGGAUCUUGCAUGGGAUUCAGAGCAGUUGACACUUGAUAAAUCAAAAUUAUAGAUUACUUAGAGUUUGAACAUAGGGGACUAUCCAAAUAAUGUGUCACCAAGUAAUUAAAUCCUGGCCCGGUAAUCCGCAAACUCAAGAAAAUAUGUUGUACAACAGUUAUUUGCUCUUUUGUGACAUCCAGAGUAUACUUGCUUCGAUUCAAAUUAAUGUGUCGUUGGUAAAGAUUUUUUUUUUUUUUCCACUUCUGUUGCAGAAGGCAGGCUAUGUCCACUAACUGUGUCUCCCCUGAGUGUGUUGCAGUGACCAGGGUACUGUUCAAAUAAGAUAAUUUUCAAUACUGACAUUGGAAGGAAUGGCCUUUUCAAGCUGUGAAGUAUAACUCAUAACUCAGUCACUAGAUCAGCCUAUGUAAAGUCUAUGUAAAUAUGCAGGGUUAUAGUGAUGAUUGUGCGACAAUUACAAUGUAGUGGUCAGUCAGAUUAUUGUGGAGCAACAGAACCUUUAAAAUGUAAAAACAACCCUUUCCCAUUCAAUGUGAUAGAAGGACGAUGAAUAAAGUGUUUCCAGAUCA